CGAGCCCAGCGACAGCCAGUUCCUCUCCCGCCGCGCCGGGCCGCCAGCCUCUCGCUCGCCGGUCGCGGCGCCUCCGGGCCUGACGCGCUGCAGCCGCCUGUCCGCGGCGGGCGGGGAGGCCGCGCCACCCCAAGUUCGGAGUCCGCAGCCCCCGGCCGCACGCCCUCGGUCCCCGGCCCGCCGCCUUCCCCGCACGGGCCCCGCCGGGCCGCCCCGUCGCGCCCUCAGCUCUGAGCUCAAGUCACCGUGGAGCGCGGACGCAGCGCCCCGCAACUUCCCACCGCAAGCUGGAACUAUGGGAUGUAUAAAAUCAAAAAGCAAAGACAAUCUGAAUGACGAUGGAAUAGAUUUGAAGCCUCAACCAGUACGUAAUACUGACCGAACUAUUUAUGUGAGAGAUCCAACGUCCAAUAAACAGCAAAGGCCAGUUCCAGAUUCUCAACUUUUACCAGGACAAAGGUUUCAAACUAAAGAUCCAGAGGAGCAAGGAGACAUUGUCAUUGCUUUGUACCCUUACGAUGGCAUCCACCCAGAUGACUUGUCUUUCAAGAAAGGAGAGAAGAUGAAAGUCCUGGAAGAGCAUGGGGAAUGGUGGAAAGCAAAAUCCCUUUCAACUAAGAGAGAAGGCUUCAUCCCCAGCAAUUACGUAGCCAAAGUCAACACCUUGGAAACGGAAGAAUGGUUUUUCAAGGAUAUAACCAGGAAAGACGCAGAAAGGCAGCUUCUGGCACCAGGGAACAGCGCCGGAGCCUUUCUUAUCAGAGAAAGUGAAACCUUAAAAGGAAGUUACUCUCUGUCUGUCAGAGACUAUGACCCUGUGCAUGGCGAUGUUAUUAAGCACUACAAAAUCAGAAGUCUGGACAAUGGAGGUUAUUACAUCUCUCCACGAAUCACUUUUCCUUGUAUCAGUGACAUGAUUAAACAUUACCAAAAGCAGUCAGAUGGCUUGUGCAGAAGACUGGAGAAAGCAUGUAUUAGUCCCAAGCCACAGAAGCCUUGGGAUAAAGAUGCCUGGGAGAUCCCACGGGAGUCCAUUAAGUUGGUGAAAAGACUUGGUGCUGGACAAUUUGGGGAAGUCUGGAUGGGUUACUACAGCAACAGCACCAAGGUGGCUGUGAAGACCCUGAAGCCGGGCACCAUGUCUGUGCAGGCUUUCCUGGAGGAGGCAAACCUUAUGAAGACCCUUCAGCAUGACAAGCUGGUGAGGUUGUACGCCGUGGUCACCAAAGAGGAGCCCAUCUACAUCAUCACCGAGUACAUGGCCAAGGGUAGUUUGCUGGAUUUCCUGAAGAGUGAUGAAGGAGGCAAAGUGCUGCUUCCAAAGCUCAUUGACUUUUCUGCUCAGAUCGCUGAGGGAAUGGCAUACAUCGAGAGGAAGAACUACAUUCACCGGGACCUACGGGCAGCUAAUGUCCUGGUCUCUGAAUCACUCAUGUGCAAAAUCGCUGAUUUUGGUCUUGCUCGAGUAAUUGAAGAUAACGAGUACACAGCAAGGGAAGGUGCUAAAUUCCCCAUUAAGUGGACAGCUCCGGAAGCCAUCAAUUUUGGAUGUUUCACUAUUAAGUCUGAUGUUUGGUCCUUUGGAAUUCUCCUGUAUGAAAUUGUCACCUAUGGGAAAAUACCCUAUCCAGGGAGAACGAAUGCAGAUGUGAUGACUGCCCUGUCACAGGGCUACAGGAUGCCCCGCAUGGAAAACUGCCCAGAGGAGCUCUAUGACAUCAUGAAAAUGUGCUGGAAAGAAAGGGCGGAGGAGAGGCCGACAUUCGACUACCUACAGAGUGUCCUGGAUGAUUUUUACACGGCCACAGAGGGCCAGUAUCAGCAGCAGCCUUAAAGCCAGGAAGAGUCGGAGCCACACACAGAGACAGCUGCCUUAUUACAAAAGGAAAAAUAACAAUCACUAGUUGCACUAGUUACCCGUGUGCUGGAAUCAUCUGCCACCCCCGCUUCCUGAGAGUGAAGCUACAUUACUCAGGAAGAACACGCUGGAUGUGGGAAAGUGUUCUCAUUGCCUGACAAUGCCUACCAGUUUGCAGCUUGGACUCUUCCCAGUUGGCAGUCUGUUUUGCCAGACCAACAUCUGACAGCCUUCUGAGAAGAAAACACCUCUGCUGUCCAAAAAUGAACCCUCUUUGACCCCCUUGUUUACAAUUGGACAUGUAACUCAAAGGUUCAGAGGCCAUUUCAAUCAAUUCCAAAUAGCAGCAGAACUGAACUCACCUAUUAUCUAGGAUAUCAGAUGCCUAUCUGGACACUUCUCUGUAGUCUACCUAUGCUUUGGUGUAUGUUUAAAAUUACUAAUCCUACCUAUUAGGUGAAGUCAGAACCUUGAAAAUAGCUUUUCUGGAUUUUAGUGAUUGCCCCUCCUAAACCUUGAGGCUGUUAAACAUUUUCUUCCAAGGUGUGAAGCAGUGGCAGCCUUGGCCUCCUUCUGCCCAGGGCCGCUCCUGAGAUGCCACCUGCUGUGUUACCUGUGGGACUGACUGCCAGGGGCUUGCCCAAACCACCCAGGGGAGAGGAAAGCCUCAGAAAAUGCUCUCACUUGAGAAGACACCUUUGUAAUGAUACAAAAUUUUAGAUGCAACAAUUUUCUAUAUACAGACUUUUUUGACAAUGCCGUCUAGAAGUGUAGUAAGAUUUUCAUCUCUGCAGAACCUAUAAGGCCUUCUAAAAUGAAAAUGUUCUAUAUUGCUUCAAAUGUUUUCAUGAUCAAAUAUUCUUUAGUUGCACUUUGGAAAGUAAAAAGGCAUCAAAGGAUAAAAGAGUUUUUGUUUACUUUUUCUACUGUACACUCUGUGGAAAUUGGUCUCUGUGGUAUUUGGCUUUUGCUGUUUUGUAUAUAUCUAAUAUUUCUAUUUUUUUUAUUCUAUUUUAAUACACUUGG